AUGUCAAUUUGCGGUCAAAGAUCGCUAAGGAGGCAUUAUGGCGUUUACAGUUGUGAAGGUUGCAAGGGUUUCUUCAAGCGUACAGUGCGCAAAAAUUUAACUUACACAUGCCGUGAUAAUCGAAACUGUGAUAUUGAUAAAAAGCAACGAAAUCGAUGUCAGUAUUGUCGAUACCAGAAGUGUCUGCAAGUUGGUAUGAAGCAAGAAGCCGUGCAGGAAGAGCGCGUAAAGAAUAGCACACCAACUAGUAAAACCACCUUACCGAUAGCAAUAGCGGAUGGCUUCCCAUUACCGACAUAUGGGAACGAUGAAAUGCCAGUUGAAGCUAUCCGAGAUGCUGAAUCUACGCUUAAUAUGAAUAGUGUACCUUACGUCGAAAUGCAAAGUAACCCUGUCUUAAAUAUUUGUCAAGCUGCAGAUAAACAACUAUUUAAUUUGGUUGAAUGGGCCAAGAAAAUACCCCAUUUCUGUGAUUUAUGUGUCGAUGACCAAGUAAUACUUCUGAGAUCUGGUUGGAAUGAAUUACUGAUAGCUGCGUUUUCGUUUCGAUCAAUAGCUGUUGAAGAUGGCUUGCUCUUAUCGACUGGGCAUUAUAUUCAUCGCACUAGCGCGCAUAAUGCUGGUAUUGGGGCUAUAUUUGAUAGGAUUUUAACAGAGUUGGUUAAUCAAAUGAGAUAUUUAAAAAUGGAUAAAACUGAAUUGGGCUGUUUGAGAGCUAUUAUAUUGUUUAAUCCAGAUGUUCGCGGUUUGACAUCAGCUGAUAGGGUUGAAAAGUAUCGAGAGCUGGUAUAUGGAGCUCUAGAGGCUUACGUCAAGAAAAGGUUUCCUGACCAGCUCUGUCGCUUUGCUAAACUACUGCUUCGAUUGCCGGCCUUAAGAGCGAUAAGUUUAAAGACCUUGGAGCAUCUUUUCUUUUAUAAAUUAAUUGGUGAUCCACCAAUUGACACAUUCUUAAUGGAAAUGCUGGAAACAGGCAGUUCUUAA